AAUACAACCAGGAAGUGGACAUUUAUUGAAAAGGAAAUAUUUGCUAUUUUCAGAUAGGAAACAUUCGGAUUAUCAAGUUACAGUAUCGAUUUUUUAUGUUUCGGGGGAUAUAGUCAUCUUGGACUUGCCAAAAACCCGUUUCGUGGAUCCCGAUUCAAACUAGCAAUGAACACGGACGUCGAAUUUCACAUCAGGCAGAAUUAUCCGUGGAACAAGCUACCAGCAAAUGUCAAACAGAGUGUUGGGAACUCGCAGCGUGAAUAUGAGAAACACGUGCAGCUGUACAGUAUCCGCAACCAGCUAAGGUUCCGCAAUAACCUAGUGAGACACGUGAGGAAGGAUGAGAGGAAGUACUAUGAGGAGCUGCUGAAGUACAGCCGAGAGCACCUGAUGCUCUAUCCAUACCACCUGUCAGACAUCAUGGUCAAAGGCCUCCGCAUCACCCCCUUCUCCUACUAUAUCAGCAUCAUGGAGGACAUCAUGAACGUAGAGAAGAGUUACGACUCGCUGCCCAACUUCACUGCUGCUGACUGUCUAAGGCUUCUGGGAAUCGGGAGGAACCAGUAUAUUGACUUGAUGAACCAGUGCAGGUCCUCCAAAAAAUUCUUCCGUAGGAAAACGGCGCGGGACCUGCUGCCCUCCAAGCCAGUAGAGAUCUCCGUAGAGCCGUGGUGGGUGGCUCAGACCGGAUACAUCACAGAGGAUGACAUCAGGAUCUGCUCAAUGGCAGAGAGGAAGGCGAUUGAUAUGAUGAUAGAUUCAGGACCCCAGCUGGCCGGAUCAAUGGAGUACAAUGUGGUGCUGAGUCUGUACAACAGGGGAUACAUCUAUCUAGACGUGCCCAUCUCUGAUGCCAGCUGUAUUUCAGUGCCCCCCCUGGAAGGCUUCGUGAUGAACAGGGUCCAGGGUGACUACUUUGAAACCCUUUUGUACAAAAUCUUUGUGUCCAUCGAUGAGCAGACUAAUGUGUCAGAGCUGGCUAAUGUUCUGGAGAUCGACUUGGGCCUGGUGAAGAAUGCUGUGUCUAUGUACUGUCGUCUGGGCUUUGCCCUGAAGAAAGGAGACUCGUUCAGCUCAGAGCAGCUCCACCCCACAUGGAAGAGUGCCCCCUCUGUCAACAGACUCAAGAGCACCGUGGACCCCAAACAGAUGCUGCUGUCUUGGGAACAGGGGAGUCCUGUGAUGGAGGCUGGAUCCUCGGCUACGGACACCACCAGCAUGGAGGACCAAGACAACGCCAGUGUGAGCAGCCUGAGUAUCCCUGGUCCUGCUGCCCCGCCCACCAAGAGGAUCGCCUUCCUGUUUGACUCCACCCUCACCGCCUUCCUCAUGAUGGGGAACCUCUCUCCGAACCUGAAGAGCCAUGCGGUCACCAUGUUUGAGGUGGGGAAGCUGUCUGACGAGACCCUGGACAGCUUUCUGAUGGAGCUGGAGAAAGUAGAGAGCACAGCGGAGGGCGAGGCCCAGAGGUAUUUUGACCACGCUCUGACCCUCAGGAACACCAUCCUGUUUCUCCGCUACAACAAGGAGCUGACCACCGAUCAGGGCCCUGACCUGCCUAACAACGGCCUCCCCCUGGAUAUGCUCCGCUGUGAGAGUCUACUGGGUCUAGACCAGGCCACCUGCAGCCGUGUCCUCAACAAGAACUACAAACUACUGGUCUCCAUGGCACCGCUCAGCAACGAGAUACGACCUAUCAGCAGCUGCAGCCCCCAGCACAUUGGGCCAGCCAUCCCCGAGGUGAGCUCCAUCUGGUUCAAGCUCUACCUGUACCAUGUGACCGGCCAGGGUCCUCCCUCCCUGCUGCUGUCCAAGGGCUCCAGGCUCCGGAAACUACCAGACAUCUUCCAGGUUUUUGACAGGUUGCUGAUCACUUCCUGGGGUCAUGACCCCGGUGUGGUUCCUACGUCCAACGUGCUGACCAUGCUCAAUGACGCCCUCACGCACUCCGCUGUACUCAUACAGGGCCAUGGGAUGCAGGGUCAUGGGGAGACAGUUCACGUCCCCUUCCCGUUUGACCAGGAGGAUCUCAAAGGAGAGUUCUCCUCCUCCAACAUGUGUGUCCACAAGGCCCUGCUGCUGCUGAGGGAGAAGGUGGAUCUGGAUCACCAGUGUGGAUACAUCACCAUGCUCAACCCCAACAACAGGCACUGCAGGAGGGCCAGCGAGAGCUCCGACGGCAGGGGAGACAGUCAUCUGGGCGGUGGGUUCGAGGCCAACAGCAGCACGGAGUCCUUUGAGCUGGUCACAGAGGACAACAAUGAAGGAAAGCCAGCAGCAGAAGUGCCGUUGACAGAAGAUGAGUGGGUCCCUCUAGAGCUGUGCUUUGGGAUGCCCCUCUUCAGCUCCGAGCUCAACCGCAAAAUAUGCCGAAAGAUCGCCUCGCACGGCCUCUUUAGCAAAGACAGCCUUCAAGACUUACUUCAUUCCAGCCGAAAACUAUCAUUGAAGGUUCUAAGUUUUGUUCAGUCAUUCCAGGAUGGCAGCCAGGGUCAGCCCGACCCUGACAGUGGAGUGUCCGGUCCUCUCAGCCAGCCCCCGGCCGAGUCUGGCGUUCCGCUGCCCGCUCUCAACCUCCUCUUCAAGGACGGACAGCUGAGGGAGUGGAGUGGACGAGCACCUCAACUUCUCCACAUCUCAGCCCUGCAGAAAGACCAGACCUUAUAGACCCCUCCACAUCUCAGCCCUGCAGAAGGACCAGACCU